UAUACCAAGGCCUUGUGGGUAGCAUCGCGGUUGGGGAGAUGCGAGCGAGCGCUAUUGGGAAGAGGAUCGUGCUGCCAGGGACGCAUCAAGGAAGCAAUCGAGACAUGAAGCGGAGGCACAUGGACGCCAUGGCACUGGUGCAGACAUCUGGGAAGCCUGACAUCUUUUUGACUAUGACAUGCAAUCCUAGCUGGGAGGAGAUACUGAAUGAGCUGCUUCCUGGCCAGACACCCCAGGACCGACCAGAUCUUGUCGCACGCGUGUUCAGGGCCAAGCUGGAGACCAUGAAAGAGAUGUUGUUCAAAAAGCACAUCCUUGGUGUUGUGGUAGCGCAUGUGUAUGUCGUCGAGUUCCAGAAGAGGGGCCUCCCCCAUGCACACUUCCUGCUGAUCAUGAAUUCAAAUUAUAAACUCGUGGUGCCAGAGCAGUAUGACCGCGUCAUAUCUGCAGAGCUCCCGGACAGGCAUAAGUAUCCAGAGCUCUAUGCCAUGGUCGUGAAGCAUAUGAUGCACGACCCAUGUGGCAAUCUUAAUCCCAAAAAUAUACAUUAAAAUAUCUAUUUCAAGAAAAUGCUAAUCAUGUAUUUGAAAAUGCUACUCCCUCUAUCCCAUAAUGUAAGACGUUUUUUGACACUACACUAGUGUCAAAAAGCGUCUUACAUUAUGGGACGGAGGGAGUAUAUGUGUAUAAAAAUAAUGUUUCAGAUGUAUACAAAAAUGUAUAGUGUGCAUGAAAAAAGUGGACAUUAAAACAUGUAUUUGGAAAAAGUUAAACAUGUAUAAAAAUAUGCUCCAGAUGUAUACAAAAAAGUACAUUGCGUGUGAUAAUAAAUAGACAUGUUGUGAAAAAAAGAAAAACAGUGAAAAAACUAACAAAUAAAACUGAAUAGAAAGAAGGAAAAAGGAAAGGAAAACAAUUUUAAAAACCAAUGAAAAUUGAAAUAAGACCGCUGCAAAACAAAAGAAAUGGUGAAAACCAGAGAAAACAAUGGAAACAAAUGAAAACCAAAAGAGCCCAAAAAACCCUUACAAGAUAUCAAAACCAGUGAAAACUGAGAAAGAAAGGUAGAAAACCGGUGAAAAAAAUGAAAAACAGAACACCGAGAAAAACAGUGAAGACAUAAAAGAAAGCCGAAAAACAAAAAGAAAAAAAGGAAAAGAAACCCUGGAGAAAACUGGGCCAAAAUCGGUAGAACGACCGAAGAUACCACUCGCGAGUGAGUUUCUUCCAUCG